ACAAGGCUAAAGUGUUUGCUAUGCUUAGUCUUAUUGAAAAAACAACAAAAGUCAGCUUCAGCUAAUGAGUUAAGCAUGUGGACAACCAGUGUGAUCCUCUUGGUGUCUUGUUCCUGCCACGCUCUUACCACAGCCCACAGGAUCGAUCAUUCCAUAGUUCCUCCUGCUCACACUCAUAUAAAUUAGUCAUCCUCCUAAUGUUCAGUUUUAAGCAAAACCACUUUGUUUGAUGCAAACAAGUCCAUCUGAUUCUGAGGUGCAUAAACAUGUCAUGGUGGAGUGGGCUCAUUGAGCUGAGGCCUUUGUUUCACUUGCUGUUUCCCCUUAGCAUCCAUUGGAUUGCUGAGGAGAUGACAGUUUCUGUUCUUGUUGAUGUCACAACCUCUGCCUUGUGCCCUGGAGGGUCAACUUGCCCCAAAGUUAUUUACAUCAAUGGGCUCCAACAAACGAUUGUUGGAAUUUUCAAAAUGGUGGUACUCCCACUACUAGGUCAGCUUUCAGACGAGCAUGGCCGUAAACCUUUGCUGCUCAUUACCAUGUCCACCACCAUAUUUUCUUUUGCUGUACUAGCAUGGGACCAAUCUGAGGAGUUUGUCUAUGCCUACUAUGUGCUGCGCACAUUUUCAUAUAUAAUAAGUCAAGGGAGUAUUUUCUGUAUAUCUGUUGCCUAUGUGGCAGAUGUUGUCAAUGAAAGCAAAAGAGCAGCAGUUUUUAGUUGGAUUACUGGUCUCUUUUCUGCUUCACAUGUUCUCGGGAACGUGCUGGCUCGGUUUCUUCCUGAAGAGUACAUUUUUGUGGUUUCUAUAGCACUGUUGACCUUCUGUCCUGUUUAUAUGCAAUUCUUCCUAGUUGAAACGGUGACACCGGCUCCAAAAAAGAAUCAAGUGUCAGGUUUCUGCACUAAAGUUGUUGAUGUUCUUCACAAAAGAUACAAAUCUAUGAGGAAUGCUGCAGAAAUAGUAAUUUUCAGUCCUACAUUAAGGGGCAUGGCUCUUGUUUCCUUCUUUUAUGAAUUGGGAAUGUCUGCCAUAAGCAGUGUUUUGCUGUACUAUUUGAAAGCUGUUUUUGGUUUUAACAAAAACCAGUUCUCAGAACUUCUAAUGAUGGUGGGAAUUGGUUCAAUAUUUUCUCAGAUGGUGUUGCUCCCAAUACUAAAUCCUAAGGUUGGAGAGAAAGUGAUACUCAGCGCUGCCUUACUUGCAUCCAUAGCAUAUGCUUGGCUCUACGGAUUAGCAUGGGCACCCUGGGUACCAUACUUCAGUGCCUCAUUUGGCAUUAUCUAUGUCCUUGUGAAACCCUCUACUUAUGCUAUUAUUUCAAAAGCAUCAAGCUCAACCAAUCAGGGAAAAGCACAAACAUUUAUCGCUGGGGCUCAAUCUAUAUCUGAUUUGCUAUCACCUAUUGCUAUGAGUCCAUUGACUUCAUGGUUUCUGUCUAGCAAUGCUCCCUUUGAUUGCAAAGGUUUUAGCAUUAUAUGUGCAUCUGUCAGUAUGCGCUAGCAACUAGCAAGUUCAUGACUAUUUUUGUAGCUCCAAAAUGUUUCAGUUACUCUUCAUAAUCAGGUUGCGGAAACAGAAAAUGAAAAGCUCAAAGAAAACCUCCAGGAUGAAAAGAAUAAAAACAUAGAGCUAGAAAAACAGAUGAUCAAAUUGAAGGCACAAUGUACUUGUUCAUCAAUGGUUGUGGGUCCUGGUCAAUUGAACCAAUAGGUCUCCUCGCCAACUUUACUUGUUUGAUUACUAAAGGAGAGAUUGAGAGCGAGUGUGCAUUUAGUUGGGGUAGUUAUGUUCUUUUUACCACUAUUGAAAUCAAAAUAAGCAACAAGAACAUCAUUUAGCAAUUCAACUUAAAUGUCAAAUGUUGGUUGAUAUCUUCGUCUUUGUGAUAUGUAAUGUCCUUCUUUGGAUGACU